AUGGACCAGCAAUACGCGCCGUCUUUGGUUCAAGAGAAUGUGCAUGAUGGAAAUGGAUCAGGGUACAGAGCAUCAAUAGCCAACGCCGGCUUCGGCGAUGCCUCACCACAUAUCGGCAGCGUACGCGCGAGCUCGUCGUCGCAUGGCCACUCGGACACGAAAUCGAGUGAUGGACAAAGCGCGAAUGAUUAUGUCUUCAACCCAGCACUCGAGACCGAAUCGCAGUACACGACGGAUCCAGCGCCAUACUUCGACAAUUUCUCGCAUCGGGCGAAUACGGGGUUAUACGACGAGCCAAGCCCCUACGAAGAAGAAGGAGCCUCACACUACGACCACGACCAUGAGAUAUUGCACAACGCACCAUUUUACAGUGAUCCCUCCCGCGUCUACAACUACGACCAAAACCCCACCCCAACCUCCCCCGGCUACGAAUCCUACCUACAACAAAGUCAAGACGAAGUCCCCCCCUGGCUUCAAAACGCUGGAAAACAACAACUCCCCUUCGAACCUCGCGAAGUCCCUUUCGCGCUGUACGAUCCCCACUCCCCCUCUCUCCCCAUGUCCUCCUUCGAUACUAUCGCUUCCCUUCUUCGGCACCGGUCUGCCACGACUCCUAAGCGUCCGGCGUUUUUGGUGUUGGAUUCGAAGGGGAAGGAGGUGCAGAGUGUCACAUGGGAUAAAUUGGCGGGGAGGGCGGAGAAGGUCGCGAAGGUCAUCAGGGACAAGAGUGGGUUGUUCAGAGGGGAUAGGGUCGCGCUCGUCUAUCGGGAUGGAGAGGUCGUCGAUUUCGUGGUUGCCCUGUUCGGAUGUUUCAUUGCCGGUGUCGUCGCGGUACCGAUUAAUCGACCCAACGACUACGCUGAGCUCAAUUUCAUCCUCACCAGUACGAAUGCGCAUCUUGCGCUGACGACGGAUAACAACCUCAAAGCGUUCCAGCGAGAUUUGAUGCAACAACGACUCGCGUGGCCGAGAGGCGUCGAAUGGUGGAAGACGAAUGAGUUCGGGAGUUAUCACCCGCGGAACAAGAAGGAUGACUUACCACCGCUGCAAUCGCCCGACUUGGCCUACAUCGAGUUCUCCCGCUCCCCGACCGGGGAGUUGCGUGGUGUCGUGUUGAGUCACAAAACCGUUAUGCACCAAAUGGCCGCUAUCUCGGCAAUGGUAUCCACAGCCCCCGGUGGACUCCCGCGACGUGCUCCAGCGACAUUUGAGAGGACGGGCGCGAUGGGUGUGGGAGGGGGUGUCGGGGAGGUGUUGUUGACCUAUUUGGAUCCACGGCAGGCUGUGGGUAUGAUCCUGGGUGUGUUGUUGAGUGUCUACGGAGGUAACACAACCGUCUGGAUCCCACAACCCGCCAUCACAGUCCCCGGACUCUGGGCGAACUUGAUAACGAAAUAUAAAGCGACCCUCACCUUGGCGGAUUAUCCUGGCCUCAAAACGGUGGCGUAUAACUACCAGAAUGAUCCGCAUAGCACACGAGGGUACAGUAAGAAAUAUCCGGUUGAUUUUGGGAGUGUGAGGUUGUGUUUGAUUGAUUGUCUCAAUGUCGAUGCGGAGUUUCAUGAGAUAUUGACCGACCGCUGGCUUCGGCCGCUUGGGAAUACGCGGGCGCGGGAUGUUGUUGCGCCGAUGUUGUGUUUGCCGGAACAUGGUGGGAUGGUUAUCUCGAUGCGUGAUUGGCUGGGCGGACAGGAUCGGAUGGCCACCGGACUCGAGGAGGAUAAGGAGGGGGAGUUGGCGGAGGUUUUGUUGGAUCAGGAAGCGUUGAAGACGAAUGAUGUCGUUGUCGUUGCAACCGGGAACGAAGUCCGACGACGGGCGGGUGAACCGGGUGUGGUUAGGGUCGGUGCGUUCGGGUGUCCCAUUCCGGAUGCGACGAUGGCGAUUGUGGAUCCGGAGAAUAGCAUGUUGUGCCCACCUGGUAUUGUGGGCGAGAUUUGGGUCGAUAGCCCGAGUAUCUCGGGUGGGUUUUGGGCUUUGCCGAAGCAUACUGAGUCGAUUUUCCAUGCUUUGACGUAUGUUUUUUCCCCCGAAACCGGACUACAACCACAACCGCUCGAGCAAGAGUUUUUGCGAACGGGGUUGUUGGGAUGUUUUAUUAAGGGCAAGUUGUAUGUGCUGGGGUUGUAUGAGGAUCGGCUUAGGCAGAGGGUUGAGUGGAGUGAGAAUGGGAGACAGGAUUUGGUUGAGUUUCGUUAUCAUUAUACGAGUCAGAUGGUGCAUACGAUUUUGAGGAGUGUGCAGCGGGUGUUUGAUUGUUCGGCUUUUGAUGUGUUUGUCAACAAUGAACACCUACCGGUUAUUAUUCUGGAGAGCUCGGCGGCGAUUACGGCCCCGUUGACGCCGAGUGGGCCGCCGAGACAGUUGGAUUAUGAGUUAUUGUCGAGCAUUGCGGAGAAGUGUAUCGAGUGUUUGUUGGAAGAGCAUCAGGUUCGUGUUUAUUGUGUGUUGAUUACAGCACCGAAUACGCUGCCAAGGACGAUCAAGAAUGGGCGGAGGGAGAUUGGAAAUAUGCUUUGUCGGAGGGAGUUUGAGAUGGGUACGUUGCCGGCUGUGCAUGUCAAAUUUGCGGUGGAGAGAGCGGUGCUCAACCUGCCGGUGGGGAGUGAUCCAGUCGGUGGGAUUUGGAGUCCGGUUGCGUCGAGGCAGAGGGCGGAAUUGCUUGCGAUGGAGGAGAAACAGUUUAGUGGGGUUGAUUAUCGGGAGAUUUCGAUUGAUGAUCGGACGAGUACGCCGCUCAACAACUUUUCGAGUAUCGUGGAUUUGGUACAGUGGAGGGUGAGUAGGCAGACUGAGGAACUUGCAUUGUGUUCGAUUGAUGCGAGAGGGAAAGAGGGGAAGGGAAUUUCGUGGCGGAAGACGGAUCAGAGGAUUGCGGCGGUUGCGACGUAUAUCAAGAACAAGACGAAGAUCGCGGCGGGGGAUCAUGUCGCGUUGAUUUAUACGCAUUCGGAGGAGUUCGUAUAUGCUGUCCAUGCAUGUUUCUGUUUGGGCGUUACGAUCGUUCCGAUUGCGCCCUUGGAUCAGUCGAGGCUUUCGGAAGAUGUACCGGCGUUGUUAAAUGUAAUUGCGGAUUUUGGGAUCAAGGCGAUUUUGGUGAAUAAUGAUACGGAUCACGCAUUUAAGAGUAAGACGAUUUCGCAGCAUCUGAGGCAGUCGGCGAUGGCGGCGAGGAUGAAUAUUCCGCCGAUUCACAAUACGUCGAAACCGUCGAAACAACUCAAGGGAUGUCGGGAGCUUGGGUUCAGUGUGCGUCCCGAAUGGCUGAAAUCGGAUUUCCCGGCGUUGAUUUGGACGUAUUGGACGCCUGAUCAGAGACGUGUUGCGGUGCAGUUAGGUCAUGAUACGAUUAUGGCUAUGUGCAAGGUUCAGAAGGAGACGUGUCAGAUGCAUAGUGCACGACCUAUAUUGGGGUGUGUACGGAGUACCUCUGGUAUCGGGUUCAUGCAUACAUGCUUGAUGGGUGUGUACGUCGGAGCCUCGACCUACAUCGUCUCCCCACCUGAUUAUGCCGCGAACCCAUCUGUGUUGUUCCAGGCGCUGGCACGGUAUAAGGUCAAGGAUACCUAUGCUACACCGCAGAUGUUGGAUCAUGCCAUGGCUACUUCACCGGCGAAGGGAUUCAAGUUGAUGGAGUUGAAGAACCUGAUGAUUAUGUUCGAGGGUCGACCGAGGUCUGAUAUCUUCCCGAAGGUUCGGACGCAUUUUGAUCAGAGUGGGUUGGAUCCGACGGCGGUGAAUACUAUCUACAGUCAUGUGCUGAAUCCCAUGGUGGCUACGCGGUCGUAUAUGUGUAUCGAGCCAGUGGAGUUGUAUCUGGAUGUCAAAGCGUUGCGGUCAGGCCUCGUGCAGCCGGCCGAUCCUGAUCUUGAUCCGUUCGGGUUGUUGUUGCAUGAUUCCGGGAUGGUACCCGUAUCCACACAAAUCGCCAUCGUCAAUCCAGAGACGUGCGAGUUGUGUUGUGUAGGAGAAUAUGGCGAGAUAUGGAUCGCAUCCGAAGCCUGCGCAAAGGCAUUCUACAAGUCUAAAGACUCCUUCGACAUCGAGCGCUUCCAAGGCCGCAUCAUCGAUGGUGAUCCGAGAAUUACCUACGUCCGAACCGGUGAUCUAGGGUUCUUGCACAACAUUGUACGGCCAAUUGGACCUGGUGGUGCGAUGGUUGAUAUGCAGACGCUUUUUGUGCUCGGUAGUAUUGGGGAGACGUUUGAGGUGAAUGGGCUUAACCAUUUCCCCAUGGAUAUUGAGUACUCGGUCGAGAGGUCGCAUCGACAUAUUACGAAUCAGGGAUGUGCUAUCUUCCAGGCUGGUGGACUCACUAUUAUGGUCAUUGAGGUUUCUCGGGCAAAUAAGCUGGCUGCUAUCGUUCCUGUCGCCGUCAAUGCUGUACUGGAAGAGCACCAGGUCGUGGUCGACGUCGUGGCCUUCGUUGGUCGAGGCGACUUCCCUCGCUCAAGAUUAGGCGAGAAGCAGAGAGGGAAGAUAUUGGCCGCAUGGGUCACGAGGAAAUUGCGGACACUCGCACAAUUCAGCGUUAGGGAAGGGGCUGCCACAAAUAUGCUUCCUGCCACAAUCGCAGAGAAUGCGGAACAGGGACCGCCUUUGGUACACGACACGAACUCGCCGGGGGUGCCGACGCAGCAGGAAAUCAGUCGGGGAUCGAGUAGCACUGGGGAUAACAACUUGGCGACUGUUCACGAGGAACAUCCGAGGAAGGCAUAA